UAUCCAUUAAACAUCACUGUUAAAACACCUAAGCAUGGCUUUCAAAUAUAUUACCUUCUGCACUCUUUUGGCUGCUGCUAGCGCCGGUUAUGUAGCUCCCGUUACUUAUGCUGCCUCUCCUGUAGUUAAGUAUGUCAAUCCUGCCGUGGAUGCUGUUGCCUCUACUCAACAAAAUGUGGUGCGUUCCUUUGGCGGCACUGUAUCUUCCUAUUCAAAAACGGUUCAGACUCCCUACUCCAGUGUCAGUAAAGUAGAUACCCGCAUUAGUAAUAAUGUUUAUACUCCAGCUAUUGCCAAGACUGUUACCUAUGCUGCUCCUGCUUUAACUAAAACUGUUAGCUAUGCCGCUCCCGCUGUCCAUUAUGCUGCUACCGCUCCUGUCUACACCAAGACUUUAGUUUCAUCUCCUGUACCCACUGUUAAUACUUAUGCUGCUCAUGCUCCCGUUGUAUACUCACAUACUGCUCCCGUCGUUAAGCAAGCUAUUUCUUAUUCUCCAGCUGCUACUGUAGCUCAUGUCUCCUUUGAUGGAUUCGGUUCUCACUGGGGCUAUUAAAUUUUCUGAUUAAUUAUUAUUUUUAUCUCUUCUCUUGUUGUAUAGAAAUAAAAAAAAUAUUUUUGUUGAUUUUUUAAUUAA